UUCAUUGCUCACUAUGCCUGAACCAGGGAAGGGUGCGCCCAAGAAGGGCUCCAAGAAGGCCGCGUCCAAAUCCACCAAGAGCGGCAAGAAGAGGAGACACAAGAGAAAGGAGAGCUACGCCAUCUACGUGUACAAGGUGCUGAAGCAGGUGCACCCCGACACCGGCAUCUCGUCCAAGGCCAUGGGCAUCAUGAACUCGUUCGUCAGCGACAUCUUCGAGCGCAUCGCCGGCGAGGCGUCCCGCCUGGCCCACUACAACAAGCGCUCCACCAUCACGUCCAGGGAGAUCCAGACCGCCGUCAGGCUGCUGCUGCCCGGAGAGCUGGCCAAGCACGCCGUGUCCGAGGGCACCAAGGCCGUCACCAAGUACACCAGCUCCAAGUAAACCCGCUGACCUCCAGCAACACACCAACGGCUCUUUUCAGAGCCACACA